AUGGCAAACAAUCUAUUGGAACACNCCCUGCUAGGACCCCUACAAGGUGUUGGCCUUACCGAGCGGUUCACCCAAUUCCGCUCCAUUCCCUAUGGCUCCAUCAAGCAGCGAUUCGCCAGGUCUGAAAUGCUGAUGGAUGUACCAAGAAGGAAGCAACUCACCAAUGAGCCCAAGCCGAAAGAAAUAUACGAUGUUACCAAGCAAGGUCCUCAGAGCAUACAACCACUCGAAUCUGCUCACAUGGAUGCAAAGUCAAAUCAAUUGCCCGAUGAUGUGGAGGAACAAGAUCAGGCCGAGAACUGCUUGCGUCUGACCAUCACGACACCAAAGGGCACGACAUCAGGAUCCAACUUGCCGGUUGUCGUGUUCAUCCAUGGCGGUGCAUUCUUCUUGGGUAGUGGUCAGAGGAAGUACUAUGACCCUCUCACAUUCUGCACUCAAGCAUCAGAGAUGGGAAAGCCACUAAUUUUUGUGUCCAUCAACUAUCGACUGGGCGGUCUUGGUUUCUUCCACUCUCCUGCUGCAGAAGGUCUCAUGCCAUCGAACAAUGGCCUGCAUGACCAAAUCACCGCGUUCAAAUGGCUAUCGCGCAACAUCGACGGCUUCGGAGGCGACAGAGACAAUAUCACUGCUAUUGGGCAGUCAGCUGGUGGUGAGAGUUUGAGUCUGCACAAUAUGAGUGGAAGGCAGUAUUCUCUGUACAAACGCUCAAUCAUGUUCUCUGGCACACCAUUAACCAUGCCUGACAAGACGCACUCAGAACACCAAGACAACUUUGUCGCUCAAGCCAAGAAACUCGACAUUGAUACUGAAAACCUCAGCAGCACGCAAAUUGCCAAGCAAAUGGUCGAAUGCGACGUUUCCAAGAUCAGAGAUCUGGCUUAUGUUGGUUCUCCUUGUGUCGAUACGGAGAUCAUCCCCCAUAAAGACCAUGCAAACCAGCGCAGUAUUUCUGGUGGCAAAGUGAAUCAAGUCUCUUGGUUGGAGUCACAGAUCAUCAGUUCCUGCAGUUACGACGGCAGCAUUUCCAACAUCAUGAUGCGCGGCGAUGACUCUCGCAAAGAUCAUGCCAAAAGUUUCAUCAAGAUUGCCAAAGAAGUGCUCAAGAAUCCAACGAAACUCUUGCAGAUUUACCAUAUCGAAGAAACCACAUCCGACGAAGAUGCUCUGGAAAAGAUCUGCCAGUUUGAAUCUGACAUUGGCUUCUUUUCUGCUGCGUUGGCUGUGGCUAGAGGCACGGCUGAUAAGACACCGACAUAUUUUCAACUCUUCGAUCUGGGCAAUCCUUUCCCGGGUCCGCUUGAGCAGAAAAAAUUCGCAUCACAUACCUGGGACAUUGUGGCGUUGCUUGGUGCAUAUGAGGAUAGGUUGCCAGAAGCAUAUGUGAAGAAAAUCAGGGAGUGGCGGGCAAGGUACAUUCGUUACAUUGUCGAUGGCGAAGCACCAUGGUCGAGGUUCGAGAAGGAGGGGAAAGAGGCGAUGUUUGUGGUGCCUAAUCAAGGCGCAAACAAAGAGACAACACUUGCAUCUNUUCUGGAAGGCAGGUUGCAGAAGUUGUUGGAUUUGGCAGAAGAAGAAGGACCUGAUGGAGCUGACACUCUGUGGGAAGGUGUUUGCCGACGUUGGCUGAUGAAAGGAGAGUGA